GGGAAAGGAUGGCACUUUUUUCCAUGAGGUAUGGGGCAUAGUCCAUAUAUGUAUUUAUGAUUUAUCUUUAUAUUCUAUGCCAUAUAUGGCAAUGCCAAUAAUCAUAAACAGCUCAUCAAAAUCAAACCCAAGGGUUGUAACAAAAAAACAAAUUCAAACCCAAGAGUUGUAACAAAAAAAAAACAAAAAAUCAAACCCAAGAGUUGUUCACCUUCACUUAUAUAGAAAAAGCUCUCCAGUCAGAUCAGAACAAGAGAAACCCUUCCCACUAUAAUAGGCUCAAAGCCUUUGUCUUGUUCCUCCACUCUGACCAUAAAUAUCUUUCCUUUCUGUUUCAAUUUCUUAUGGGUUUUCUUCUUUCUUAUGGGUUUUCUUCUUUGAGGUUUGAUUCUUGAGUUCAAGACAAUCUAGAAUCCUUGAAUAGUGGGUUUAUUUGGGUGUGGAAGCUCAAGUAAAGUUGGAUUCUGAUCAACUCACUUGUUCUGGUUUCUAGGAUUUCAUACAAGAAGAGAAAGAAAACAAAUUGGGGGUUUUCAGGGUUUUUGUAUAUGGUGUCCAUCUUUCUAUAGGGUGGAGUAGAUUAGAUUAGGGUGAUACUUGGGGGUUUUAGUCAAUGGGGUUAUCUGGGUUCUUCUUGAUUAGUGUGCUCCACUCUGUUAUAUGUCUUGUAAGUGGAGCUUUCAUGAUGUUCUACUCCAAUGAGUUCUCUGUGUUCAACCAUGGCCCUGAGACAGCAAGUAAGCUUCAAGGUUCAACACCUCAUGAUCAACUCUUGAUCCAAACCUCGAGUUCCUUCUCAGGUUGGCUUCUGUUUGCCAUUGGGUUCCUUCUGUUCAUGGUGGCCUUUGUCAAGGACACUAAAUUCCAGAGCUUCUUUGCUAAAGGGUGUGUGUUGCUUCACAUUUCCAUGGCUAUUUGGAGAAUCUACUUUGUGAGGGAAGUUGAAGACCUUGCCAGAGAUUGGCCUAAGCAGGUCCUUGGAGACAUCACUUUGGCGCUCUCCUGGGUUUUUCUUCUCAUGUAUUCAUGGAGGGAGAAGUAUGAUUAGUAGUGAAUUGCUGUAAAUUUGCUAGGGAAAAUACUUAAGGAGUGAACACAUUUUUUACAUAGAAUUUGUGGUUUGCUUUUUUCAGCUUCCUGAUCAUAUUUUGCUGAAUGAAUUGGUACAUGGUAUCAACUUCAGGUUCCAAAGUAGAAGUUCCUGCAAAUCAAGGAUUUGACACAUGCAAAACAAUGAUCAGUUCAUUCCUUUGUUAGUAUAGUUACUUUUAACACUUGUUUUCAUCCCUUGUUGGCUUGAUACCUUCUUGUAAUGACCUUUGUUGUAGAUUUCUAUACAUUUUAUGAUGAAAAAUGGUCCAAAUUGUGUUUAGUUUGUAGCUAAUUUCA